ACGCACCCCGGCCGGCGGUGGCAGAGCUUGCUCGUCACUCGCGGUCCUCGGCUACUCGCUGCUGCACUUGCUCGCCAGGGCGUUCAUCCGCCGGGUUCGUAGCGUCGCGCAGGAUCUGACAGCCGGAGCGCCGAGCUGGAGCUCCUGCUCCACAACCUGGCCGUGCUCGUCCGGUCUUCCCCUGUCUUGCUGCUCGAAUACUUCUUGUCCUGCGCGCGCGCGCAUGAUUAUGAUUUGCGAAACUAUGGCACGCGUGGCUUCAUCUUGCUUCCGAAUUUCUGAUUCACCAACCACAUCUUCAAGAGUAUCAGUCCAACAUGUCCAUUUUCCAUUGUUCUGAAUCUUUGGUUGUCGUUAAAAUUCUGCUACUGUACAUCUUCUAGUAUAUGCAAUUGUGAUAUAUGAUGGCUAGAGAUAAUUCCUAGUGAAAUUUGCCAAAUUUUUUAAAAAACUGUUUGAAUUUGUUUGAAUUUGAUCCGAUAUUUCUGAUAUUUCGUGUUUAUCGGUGAGGUCCGAAAAAUUUUGUCUACCGGAAUUGAAAACCUAAUCCCUCCUCGUUUCAGUUCGUCGUCCACGUCCCGUCUCUCGCUGAACUAACGGGUGCCCCGUGCUGCAGCAACACGACAGCGCGCAAGCAUGGCUCACUUCCUUACCGGCAGCAGCUCGCUCGCCUUCUUCUCGCGCUGCCCACCUCACAGGGAAUCUCACAGACGACAUGCUGUUGUACAAUGUGGCACAUCGUCGAGCACGCCAAGGAUAUCUGAGCCUGAAGUUUCACCAGCUGAAUCUUCAGCAGUUAUUCAAGGUGGAACUGCCCCUCUGGUUCAGGCACUGCAAUCGACUGCCAGUCAAGAUGUUGCCUGCUUUCACUUCCCAGGACACAAUAGAGGAAAAGCUGCUCCAUCUUCUUUAUCAAAACUUAUUGGGUCAGGGGCAUUUUUGCAUGACUUACCCGAGCUACCAGAGCUUGAUGAUCUCUUCUCCCCGAAAGGUGUGAUUUUGGAUGCUCAGAAGCGAGCAGCUCAAUUGUUUGGAGCAUCUAAAACUUGGUUUCUUGUCAAUGGAACAACCUGUGGGAUACAGGCCUCUGUGAUGGCUACUUGUUUUCCCGGCGACUACCUCAUUGUACCACGAAACUGCCACAUUUCUGUGAUCUCUGCGCUGGUCUUGUCUGGUGCGGUUCCUAAAUACAUAAUACCGGAGUAUAAUUCUUCGUGGGACAUUGCUGGUGGUAUCACCCCCUUGCAGGUGGACGAAGCAGUAAAAGAGUUGGAGGAGGAUGGAAAGAGGGUUGGCGCUGUUCUUGUUACUUCGCCAACAUACCAUGGUGUAUGCAGCAAUGUGCAAGGUAUUGUUAGUGUUUGUCACCCACGAGGCAUUCCAGUUAUUGUUGAUGAGGCACAUGGUGCACAUUUCAGGUUCCAUGACUGUUUGCCAAGCACUGCAAUUGAGCAAGGUGCUGACCUGGCUGUGCAAUCCACACACAAGGUCCUGUGCUCCCUCACACAGUCCUCAAUGCUUCAUACGGCUGGAGAUCUUGUGAAUGUAGAUCAAGUAAGCCAGUGCCUUCAGGUCCUCCAGAGCUCGAGCCCGAGUUACCUCCUACUGUCAUCUUUGGAUGCUGCAAGAGAUCAUCUUAGCAAGAACACAAAUAUAUUUGAGGAACCAUUAGCUAUAGCAUCAGAAACAAAAGACCAGCUGGUGAUAAUCCCAGGGAUAUCUGUUCUGGACUUGCCAUGUUUUGCCUCUGAUUUCCCUGCUAUUGAUCAAUUGCGUCUUACAUUAAGUGCUUCAGAUCUGCAAUUGUCGGGAUAUGAAGCCGAUGACAUUUUAUAUGAAGGUCAUCAAAUCGUAUCUGAGCUUGUUGGCACACGAUCAGUGACAUUCACAGUUAACUUAGGAACCAGAGUGCAAGAUGUUGAGAAGCUUGUGCAAUCUGCAAAGCAUCUAUCAGAAAAAUAUUUCUUUGCAAAUAGCUCCAAACCUAUGAAAGAAAAUUGUGUUUGUCGCCCAUUAGACAAGAUCUCUGUGCAUCUGACUCCAAGAGAGGCCUUCUUUUCAAAGAAGAGGAGAGUGAGAAUUGAGGACAGCCUUGGUGAAAUUUGUGGUGAGCUAAUCUGCCCUUACCCACCGGGUAUCCCAGUGCUGAUCCCAGGUGAGGUGGUAACUCAUGAUUCACUGUCUUACUUGAUGAAUGUCAGACACCAAGGCAUCACUAUCAGUGGAGCAGCUGAUGUUGAGUUAAAUUCCAUUUUAGUGUGCAACUUGUGAAUUGUGAUAUUGUUCUGUUGUGUCGAGAGAUUAUAUUGCAUAGAUACUGAGGGAGAUCAGAAUUAUAAUUUCGGCCAAGUCCAGAGCACAAUCAGCUGUCUGUUUGAUGGAUGUGAACAAGAGUUGCGUAAAACCAAUGGCUGACCACUUGGCCAAAUAAUUUAUGUUGAUUCCGUCUCGUGAGUUGAGAGAGUUGUCAAGCUGCAAUAUGAUGCCAAAGUAUGAAUAGGGUCUAUGGCAUGUGAUCUCUUAUGAAUUUGAAGUAUGACUUUCUGAAGAGUCUCCCUUUUCAUCUGAAGUGCCUUGUAAUGUAAUGGUUUCCUAUUUGGUUCUUUUCAGAUUGAACAGAAGCAAGUCUGUACGCCUUCAUGGUUCUCCCUCCGGCAGUAUGUUGCAGGGCGAUAGGGCUUCUGAAGCAAACAGGUACCCCUACUCUACAUAAGAAACUAUGGAUACUUGCAAAUCAAGAUCUCCACCCAAACCUGGAACUCAAAACUGGAAAUAAUAGUAGGAGCUUUGGUCUAUACAUUGCCGUCAACAACCAUGAAGUAAUGCGAUGGUGGUGAUGAUGCAGUUAGGUUUGUCACGGGCUGGCUUUCUUUCCAUAACAAAGCUCACCCUAAACAAUAAGGACUUGUGAGCUAACGCUCUGCCCCACUGUGCUGUUUGUUUUCUUCCCAUUUGAUUAAGCACAUUAAAAACAGCAUCUGGACUGAUCAGUCUCACUUAAUCCAGAUCCUCUUAUGAUAAAGAACCAGACAGGCACUUGUACCUUAAGAUUCCCACUAACAGAACAGUCCACCGGCUGACAGGUGGGACCGUGUCCCUGCAUACCAGGCAUAACCCAGACAAAUGAAUUGCUCUGGUACGAUGCUUGUUGCCAACACUCUAAAAUAAAAGAAUGCAUGUA